UGAAUCACCGCCCUUCUAUCUCUUCACCUGACCUGGAUCAUGGGCUCUUUGUCCGAGUGGGGUCUCACCAACCUGUUGAGAGAGGUCGGGAAUGAGACGCCAGUGGCCUCUGGCGAAAUCCGGACUUGAAUCAUCACGACCAUGAUUGUUUGGGGAGAAGCGCGGAUGGUAUCUAGUCCAAUUGACCACUACUUGAUGGAAGCGGGGAGAGCGAAGCAACGGGAGGAAGUUGGAACUUGGAAGACAAACCGCAAGUGGGCCCCACCGGUCUCUCCACCCGGGGAUUUUCUGCCGCCCGAAUUUCUUCUCGAUUUCUUGUGGAUUCCAGGCUUCGCGCAACUCUCCGACUUCUGCAUCCCCGUUAAAGCUACGCAGGAUACCAAAACCUUCCUCGUGUGCACAUAAUAAUGGGUCCUCCUCGGCGCAAGGUCCUCGCUACGGCGGAAGAGACUAUGAUCCCGCCUGAUGAGCUGCCUCAGGGCCACCUGAUCGUGCGGGCCAUCAAGGCUACCGGGAACAACAUCUACUCGGUCGAACUGCCCUCGAAAGAAACCGUUCUGGUGGAGCUCCCGUCCCGUUUUCGUUCGACUAUCUGGAUCAAGCGGGGUUCCUACGUGGUCGUCGACACCAACGCCCUCGAGGGCCGCGACAACAAGCUCAAGGGCGAGAUCGUCAAUAUCGUGCGGGAUGAGAAGGCGUGGCGCAAAGCCCCAUUCUGGCCGAAGGAAUUCGCUAAGCAAGCCGUUGUCGUCGCGGACGACUCGGACGAGGAGGAUGAGUCCAAUGUGGGCAAGAUGCCUUCGUCGGACGAGUCAGACGCAUGAUCGGGUCUUCGCGAUUAUCGAAGACCAUCAGCGCAUGGGUGUCAGUCGAUCGCAGUCUGAUGGUGUCGUCCUACAUCUCGGCU